AUGUGCCAGUUCCGCCCCCAGAAGGAGAGGAGGCCGCAAAAACCACAAACACAACCAGCAUCGCAAGAUCCUGGUUUCCAUAGGGGUAGGGCGGCAGAUGGCGCUGUGCAGAUAAAGCCAGUGGAAGGACGAUACGAUUGGGCCAUGCGCGGUGCAAAUAAUCUGGCAAAGAGAUUCACCCUGGAGACCAAGCAGGCAGCUGUUGAAAGUAUACUUGAUGCUUAUGGUAUUAAUCCUUCAAACUCUGAUAACCUGCAGUUUUACUUUAAUCGUCGGGCUGCUGCGAGACUCAGAACGGAAGGUGUCUUCUUGAACAACUCCGUGGCUCCAAACCUUGCCUAUAUCACGUUCGGUAAAAUACAGUUACUUCGCGAGAAGCACGUGUCCUACAAGCCACCUUGCAAAAGAAAUAGAAGCAACGACCCCGGUUUCCGUGUCUGGGAGAAAAAGCUGAAACUUCUUGAACCCCAAAAUCCCGUCGAAGACCCAUACAUCGUGGCGAUACUGAUCGCUCUAGCCCAGGGGCAACGGCGUGCGCAGCAGCAGGAGUCACAAGGAGCAGAUGCCGAAAUCAAAACAGAGAAUCAGACAAGUCAUGUGGAUGCAGAUAUCACCUCGAGUGCAAAUUCGAGAACGGCUGGCUCGUGCUCACUAAAUACAGAGCAAAUGGCUCGGAAAACAGCGAAUUCUUUCAAGGUCCUAGCCCUUUCUGGAAUAGCGGCCACCAAUUUCCUUUACGUUUACACCGCCAACAUCGACUCUGAAUUCCUCGAAAAGUUUGAUGAGCCGUCGCACUACUCACCAAGCUGUCCGGUUACAAUAACACAUUCUCGUGUCCUAUUGACAAGCCCAAGUAUACUAAGGAAGAUACACCGGCGGCUCUGCACUGGUUCCUGCAGCUUUUGCUCUCGCGAUAAGGCACAAGAUCCUACCGCUGUUACCGCUGUUGAGACGAAGCAGGAAGACAGCCCAUCCCUGGUCACCAGGGUGGUACAAUACUAG